AUGGGGUUAUCUGUUAAAGACCACAAAGCCGAAUCGGCUACCGAAAUUGCUAUUACAACAGUUUACUUAUUUGGAGAACCACGAAUUUUACAGAGCGGGCAUAGGUUCCCGUGUAGAUAUUUGAUUAAUGGCAUUCAUGUCACAGCUCAUCCACGUUCACAUCCUCAAGAUGGUAAAUUUAGUCGUAAACGUGUGAAAAUGAUGCAUUUUAGAUGGUCUGAAUGA